CGGUUUCCGGCCGGUUCCCUUUCCCGAGUGCACCGGGGCUUCCGGUGAGGAGGAGGUGAAGGUGGGGGAUAGAUGGAGUACCUUCGGGUGCUGGGCCGGGGGCUCGGGCAGGUGAGCGGGCACGGAGGCAUCUUCGGCUACGUGCGCCAGCUCUUCAGGGUAAACGAUGUGAGGGUUGGCGCGUUAGUGGGAGAAGACAAAUAUGGAAACAAAUACUAUGAAGACAACAAACAGUUUUUUGGUCGACAUCGAUGGGUUAUCUACACAACGGAAAUGAACGGCAAGAAUACAUUCUGGGAUGUGGAUGGAAGCAUGGUGCCCCCUGAAUGGCAUCGUUGGCUCCACUGCAUGACUGAUGACCCUCCAACAACUGUCCCGCCAACUGCUCGUAAGUUCAUUUGGAAGAACCACAAAUUCAACCUGAGUGGCACUCCUGAACAGUACGUUCCCUAUUCUACUACCCGAAAGAAGAUUCAGGAAUGGGUCCCACCUUCGACACCUAACAAAUAGACCCAACUGAGAGUAAAGCUCUAGCUUUGUUAUCAGAUGUGGGGUGUCUGUGUAAAUUGUACGUGUGAUGGCUAAAUCCUUUAAUAAAGUUGUAUUGUGUCUUCAGAA